CGCAAUUAUCCUGUAUUUCGCAAUUAUCCUGUGUCGUUUGAAAGGCGCUCCAGGCCUUUUCGCUUAAAAGCUGUAGUUUUUGGUAAUUGAUUUACGCACGGAUGUCAGUUCGACAAUGUCGACUCUGAAUGCUGGUUCGUCCACGGCAUCUGCACCUGUGCAGAGCAGCGCGAAGAGAACUGAUGCGGAUUACUUCAGAGAGUUUAUCACAGAACGAUCUUCUGUCAGUGGAAAAAGCAAAACUGGUGUUCCUCAGCGAAAUCACACGGGAAUAUGUCGUCUCUGUGUCUCCACCAGUUGCAAAACGGGAAAGCGUGUUAAUGCAGUCAACGGUUAUGCAAAUUUUGCUGUCCAUGUGAGGCGAAAUCACGAGAAACUGCAGGAAGUUGUUUCCUUUCUUACUGUACCGAGCGCAAAAGAAAGUUCUUCAAAACAACAAGCCAAGCUGGAAAGCUUUGGGGUCCGCACUGGACGGCCAUACAGCUCCAGCGAUCCGACGCAGAAACGACUGGUGGAGAAUGUCGCUAAAGUUUAUGCAAAAACGGCGUGUCCCUUAAGUAUUCUUGAAGACCGUACGUUUGACGAUCUGGUGAAAGAUAUCGACCCAAAACUGACGUGGCCAUCAAGACGUACUAUUAGUCGAAGGCAUCAAGAGAUGACAAGCGCCGCCAAAGAAAAUCUGAAACAACUCUUGCAAGAAACCGAAGAGAAGUCCGUUGCGCUGUGCAUCGAUAUUUGGAGCAGCCGCUCCAAGCGCGGAUAUCUCGGGAUGACCGUACACUUUUUAGACCGCCAAGGAAAUCUCCGCCGUUACAUGCUUGCAUGCCCCCGAUUUAGUGGCACUCAUAAAGCGGAAGAUAUUUCCGUUUUGGCUGUAGAAGUAAUAGCAGAAUACGACGUCAGAGACAAGCUCGGUUUUAUCGGCGUUGAUAAUGGACCUAAUAUACUCAAGGCAUUUGAGCAGUGGAUGCCAGGAUGUACUGAUGAAAGCCAAGGACGAUUUACUUUCGAUGAUUUUGAUCUCGAUUUCUUUGGAAGUCAGCUGGACUUUGAUGAUCUUGACGGUGGAGAAGAAAUUGCGGAAGAGCUCAGCUCUGGUCUGCGCAAAUUUUGCUCCUUGGAUAAGCGAAAUGUUCUUGUGACCUGUGCUGCGCAUACGCUGCAGUUGGUGCUGAAAAAACCUGCAGAGAAAUGCAGGGCACUUCAUCGUUCUGUCGAGAAAUCAGCAGCGAUUAUUAGCAAGAUCAACAAGUCCAAUCAAAACCAUGAGCUCGUUCAGUCGGAAUUUGGUGGGAGAUCAUUUCGGGAGCGAUGUCGGACGCGGUGGAAUACAAAUCACAAGAUGGCAUCGGUAGCAGUUAAGUUUGAUUGGAACACUACGUCUCUGCCACUGGACCUUAAGCUAGACGUCCGUAGUCACAGCAUUUUGAAAGAAUUUGUUGAGCUUACUGAACCUUUCGAGGAAGCUUUCCUGACGUUACAAGAAGAAGGUGUUGCAACUAUCGCUUCUGUUAUUCCGAUAAGCUACCGUCUGCGGAUUAUGCUUGAGAAAUAUCUAGCAGCAGGAACAUCGACUGAAUUCGAUGUAUUGCAAAGUUUUGCCAGAGACACGUUGGACGAACUGAACACCCGUUUUGCGAAGUAUGAAUCAGAUACGCUGUACAUCGUUGCCACAUUUUGGAUCCACGAGCAAAGUUGAAGUGGUGUAAAUAUUCGAAGGACAAACAGAAGGAAGCGACUGUAAAAAAAGAAAUCCUACUUUUAAUGAAUGAAGUAGAUGGCUUUGACAGCGUAGUCGAAAGUGCCGCGUCAA